UGGUGCCAUUUGUGGCUUUUUGAACCUUCAAAAGGCAAUCUAAGCAAAAGCACAAGUUAACUGAUGCCCUCACCCUGAGGCUGAGUGGUGCUGAAUGCAUUACCUUGAUGAACACAAUGGUAAUUUCAAUGCGGAAAGAGCAGCAGUAGCACAGCAGAGAAGCUCUGGAGGGAAAGAAAUGCAGAACAGAAGGACAAUGGCUUCUCCAAACUAACAUGAGACACUGAAGAAGAUGUCACUCUGGCAAAAAGUUGGUCACAAUUCCCAAAAUGAUCUGAUUUGCACAGCCACAGAGGAAAUAAGUACUGCAAAUAUGGCUGGAUCGAGGAGCCGAAGGAAAGGAAGCAAAAGCUACACAGCAGCAAAGCAUGCUGAUUUGAGAAGGACUGCCAGCCCACUGGUUUUCCGGCUCCAUAACAGUGCUCCGGCAGUAGUCCGUGAUAUUCUACUGGAACGUGGUUGGAUUGAGUAUGAUGAGCACGAGCAAGAUAAAGAAGACUGGAAUCUAUAUUGGCGAAAUUACCCUUUCCGGAUGACCGACCACAGGAGUAUUAAGCCAUGGCAGCGACUCAAUCACCACCCAGAAACAAUCAGGAUCACCAGGAAGGAUUAUUUGGCAAGGCACCUGAAACGUAUGAAGGGAGUUUAUGGAACAAACCUCUAUGACUUCAGUCCAGCUGCAUUCAUCAUGCCGAAUGACUAUAUUAAAUUUAUCACAGAAUACACCAAAGAGAGGCAGAUACCAGGCAAAAAGCCGAGUUACUGGAUCUGCAAACCCGUUGAUAGAUCUCGUGGAAGAGGAAUACUCAUUUUUCAGGACAUAAAAGACUUUGUCUAUGAUUGCAUGGUCAUUGUGCAGAAGUAUGUCACUAAUCCUUUGCUUAUUUCUGGAUAUAAAUGGGAUCUCCGGCUCUACGUCUGUGUCACAAGCUUUUCUCCCCUCACUAUUUAUACUUACGAAGAAGGUCUGGUGAGGUUUGCCACAGAGAAAUUUGACCUUGAGUCCCUGGACAACAUUUAUGCCCAUUUGACAAACACUAGUAUCAAUAAAUUUGGGCCUUCAUACAGAAAGGAUAAAGAUGUCAUUGGCUCGGGAUGCAAAUGGACUUUUAGCCGGUUCCGAGCCUACCUACAUAGCCGCAAUGUGGAUGAUGUACACUUGUGGCAAAGGAUCAACCACAUUGUCAUAUUGACCCUACUUGCCAUCACUCCAUCAGUUCCACUUACAUUUAACUGCUUUGAACUUUUUGGGUUUGACAUUCUGGUUGAUGACAAAAUGAAGCCCUGGCUUCUGGAAGUAAAUCAUAGCCCAGGCUUACGGUUGGACUGUCCCACUGAUGCAAUUGUGAAGAGAAGGUUGCUCCAUGACAUUGUUGACUUGCUGAACUACAAAGAGAAUGACCAUCUGAGAAAACACAAAGGAGCUAGUAGGAGAAUUUCAUGUUUUAGUCGAUCACAAUCUUUGUUGACAACCCGAGCAGAGGACUCCUUGGAUUUCCUGGCUUGUGAGAAAGGAAGCAAGUCUGCAGCUACUUCCCCAUGCUCAUCUCUCUUGCGGAUUAAUAAAGGAGCUCCACUAUAUGGUAGACUGGGUAGUGCUUAUCCCAAGACAACUUUGACCUCUCAAUUGCGUGAAAGGAUGAACAUGCCAAAAACACCACCGCAAUCAAAGCCACAAUCUAAAAGCAAACAAAUGUUAAGAACUAGUCAUUCAAUGUGUGAACCUGUUCAGUCUGUCCACUGGUUCAGUUCACCUGAGCUCUAUAACUAUAAGCCAUCUAUCCCUCCAUAUUUUCUUUCAGAUAAAGAUAGGAAACCAUUCCCUCGAGUGGGAGACUUUGUCCUUAUAUUUCCUUUCAAUGAGGCUGCUCUUGAAGCAUCUAGGAAUGGAAUAAAUGUCAAAAGCAUAAUUCAAGAAAUACAUAAAUUAAUGAGCAAAGAAUUACAACCAGAGCAAAAGAAAUUAAAUAAAAGGUUAUUUAAUCCGUAGAUAAGCUUAAUGUAUUAAAAGUUAUAUUUUUUCAAAGAAUCUCUUAAUCACAUGUGACACUGUGCCAUGUCCAUUUCAGAUUUCCUUGAAUUAAACUCUGCAUGGUAGGUUGGAGGUAGGGGAGAGACUGGCCCAAGAACAUCCAGGAAGUAGAGGGUUGAAUGUGUCUCCCCCAGCUCCUAGUCUGAAGCACUAACCAUUUAUUUAUUUUUGUGUCUUCUUAGAGGAAUCUCAAGAUAAGCUUUCAGGUGACUAUCCAGAUCAUAGUGCUUAUAAAUACGUUAGGGAUAUUGUUGUAUUGGUGGAGGAUAUCUACAACAAAAAUGACCAUGAUGUUGGAUGUAAGACUAAC